AUGCCAAUCCCGUCCAAAUGCAUGCGGAAAGUCCACCCUGGCAUCCUCUUGGCUACUGUUGCCCUACUGAUGAGCAUUGGCUUGGCACUGGAGACUUCCAAUCCGAAGACGUCUAUUAGUACUACCCGACUUGAGACUUCCGGUGAGGAAUCAAAUCGCAACCAAUACAAUCGGCGCUUGAGGACGACGACAGCUGAUGACGACUACGAUUCUGAAGAUAGAGGUGCUCCUGGUUCUGCGAAGGUGGAAGAACUCGUUAAAAAGAGUAACCUGCAGAAGCUAGGUGAGAGUAUAAAGAGUGGGUUCAAGCCAGACAAGCAGGAAAAGGUUACCAAGCACUUCAAAACGCUAAAAGUGGAUCAACCGGAGAAGUCUAAGAUGUUUUCAAGCCGUUUAUUUCAUGAAUGGAUUCGCUAUGCACGCAAAAAGUACAAGAACGAUUGGCUAGAAGCGGACGCAGCGAUGUUCAAGUCAAUGGCGGAGUAUUAUGGUGACGACGUUCUAGCACGCAUAUUGGCUGAUGCAAAACACUCGAGUGGAAGCUGGAUCGUCACUCGGUUGGAAAAGAUACAGCUUAGCAAGUGGAAGGAUAUUGGGAAAGAUGCGGAUGAAGUUUACAAGAUUCUCCAACUUGACGCAGAAGGCGAGAAGCUUUUGCAGAGUCCUGCGUUGGGCACGUGGGUGAGUUAUGUUUCAAAGCUGGGGAAGAAUCCGAUCGACGAGCUACAAGUAAAACUAAGCGCGCAAAAAUAUGACGACGCUGUAGUAGCGAAAAUGAUUGCUCUAUCGAGGUACGAUGUGAAUAGCGACUUUGCUGCUGAUCUGGGGAGGUCACUGCAGAAGAAAUGGAAGGACAGCGACAAUACUGAGAGCGGCGUAUUUCACCUGUUGAAAUUGGAUGAUGAAAAAACUGGUCUUCUGACAAAUCCAGUGCUGGAAUUUUGGAUGCGUUAUGUGGAUAGUCUGGGUAAGGACCCCUACAAAUUGCUAUUGCUGGCAAUCAACAGGAAAGGCAUCAAUGAUGCAGGAUUGGCGAGGAUGGUCGGUUUAGCGCAAAAAGACAGGAAUAAUUACUGGAUUGGCACGAACUUUGAGUCCCGUGUGCUUGACAAAUGGAAGCAAGAUGGAAAAAGUGGUAACAAACUUUUCACAAUGCUUGAACUCGACAAGGAAGGAGAUAAAGUGUUUGACAGCCCCGUUUGGAAGAUUUGGACUUCGUAUCUGAACAAAAAUGAACAAGAACCUAACAAGAUUAUAUAUUCGGUGGAAGAACUCGUUAAAAAGAGUAACCUGCAGAAGCUAGGUGAGAGUAUAAAGAGUGGGUUCAAGCCAGACAAGCAGGAAAAGGUUACCAAGCACUUCAAAACGCUAAAAGUGGAUCAACCGGAGAAGUCUAAGAUGUUUUCAAGCCGUUUAUUUCAUGAAUGGAUUCGCUAUGCACGCAAAAAGUACAAGAACGAUUGGCUAGAAGCGGACGCAGCGAUGUUCAAGUCAAUGGCGGAGUAUUAUGGUGACGACGUUCUAGCACGCAUAUUGGCUGAUGCAAAACACUCGAGUGGAAGCUGGAUCGUCACUCGGUUGGAAAAGAUACAGCUUAGCAAGUGGAAGGAUAUUGGGAAAGAUGCGGAUGAAGUUUACAAGAUUCUCCAACUUGACGCAGAAGGCGAGAAGCUUUUGCAGAGUCCUGCGUUGGGCACGUGGGUGAGUUAUGUUUCAAAGCUGGGGAAGAAUCCGAUCGACGAGCUACAAGUAAAACUAAGCGCGCAAAAAUAUGACGACGCUGUAGUAGCGAAAAUGAUUGCUCUAUCGAGGUACGAUGUGAAUAGCGACUUUGCUGCUGAUCUGGGGAGGUCACUGCAGAAGAAAUGGAAGGACAGCGACAAUACUGAGAGCGGCGUAUUUCACCUGUUGAAAUUGGAUGAUGAAAAAACUGGUCUUCUGACAAAUCCAGUGCUGGAAUUUUGGAUGCGUUAUGUGGAUAGUCUGGGUAAGGACCCCUACAAAUUGCUAUUGCUGGCAAUCAACAGGAAAGGCAUCAAUGAUGCAGGAUUGGCGAGGAUGGUCGGUUUAGCGCAAAAAGACAGGAAUAAUUACUGGAUUGGCACGAACUUUGAGUCCCGUGUGCUUGACAAAUGGAAGCAAGAUGGAAAAAGUGGUAACAAACUUUUCACAAUGCUUGAACUCGACAAGGAAGGAGAUAAAGUGUUUGACAGCCCCGUUUGGAAGAUUUGGACUUCGUAUCUGAACAAAAAUGAACAAGAACCUAACAAGAUUAUAUAUUCGGUACUGAGGGAUAGAUUCGACGAUUCAAAACUGGCGACCCUUGUUUCGAGUUCGAAAGAGGCUGAGAAUACAGUGCUGAACCUGUGGAAAACGGACGGAAAAACAAUCAAUCAAGUUUUUAAUCUUCUCAAAUUGGACAAGACAGGAGACGAGAUCUUUGAGAGGUCGGCAUUCAGUAUCUGGAUGGCUUACGUGCAUAAGUUAAAUCCAGAUGGACUUGACGCGUUUACGCUGUUGGAGAAGCGGUACGGCAGUAAGAAACUUGCUGCAAUGCUAUCCCGUUCAUUACGUGGCAAGCAUUCUGCAGACACGAAGCAACUGUUUAGCAAGCUGCAAGAGCUGCAAUUCAAGAAGUGGAUGGGCGAAAAUAACAACAAUCCCACUGCAGUUCAUUCCAAGGCAGAGUCGAUCGGCAUCGCAGUGGCAAUUGACUUUCAAAGCUACCGCAUUCGUCCGCACCACCCCUAUUACAUGGACGUAUUCUAG